CGGAAGUGCGGAACCGCGGGAGCGUCGAGGGGGGGGGUGUUUCUAGCCGGAGAGGGAAAGAGGGCGGACCGCCGCGUCGCCGGAAGUUCCCGCCUGAGCGCCGUGAGGAGAGCGGAGGCGAUGGGACGGAGCCGGUCCCGCUCCCCGCCCCGGAGGGAGCGCCGUCGGUCCAGGUCUGCUUCCCGGGAGAGGAGGCGUCGGGAGCGGUCUCGGUCCCGAGAGAGAGACCGGAGGAGGAGCCGGUCCCGCUCCCCCCACAGGAGGCGGUCCAGAUCACCACGGCGACAUAGAUCCAGCUCUUCCUCUCCGGUCCGACCCAAAGAAAGGCGAGACGAUGAAAAGAAAGAGGGCAAAGAGGCCAAAGGGAAAGAGCGCCAGAUCACAGAGGAAGAUCUCGAGGGCAAGACCGAGGAAGAAAUUGAGAUGAUGAAAAUAAUGGGAUUUUCCACAUUUGACACCACAAAAGGCAAGAAAGUGGAAGGCUCUGUGAAUGCCUACGCUAUCAAUGUCUCGCAGAAGAGGAAGUACAGGCAAUACAUGAACCGAAAGGGUGGCUUCAACCGGCCGCUGGAUUUCAUUGCCUGAGAUCUGCAGCCGGCUAAGAGGACCAGCCUCCCCUGGUCUUCCUUCACAAAGCGGGGCUCGUGCUUCCGGAGAGAGACAUUGUCCUGCGGAGGGAGCCGGUAGUGUGUUCUGUUUUUCUUGUUUGCGCCGAACUUCCCUUUUGUGUUGAUGUUUUUAUAUAGCGUUGCUUAAAUUAAAGAAUGAAAGCUUGGUAGUGUCUCCCUGGGUCCAGCGGAAGUUGAUGAACAGUUGUCUAAAAAGUCAGGAUGCCAGAUCAUAUUCAUUUCCUGAACCAUGUUGAUGGAUACAGAAAUGCUUUGUGGGGGUUCCCCCUCCACCUUUAAUCCACCCAUUUUCCCUUCACUCUCCUUGGAGGACUGUUGACGUGGUUUGUUUAUCAUUAUUACUAUUUCUUCCAUGUAAGUAAGUAAGUGAAGAUCUUCCAUGUGCUGUAUAUCCCUGCCUCCCUCCCAAAGGGGCCAUCUUGCUUCCUUCUCCUGUCCCUGUCUUCCUUCUGUCCCAAAUCAAUGUGGGAAUGCAUCUGUACAACGCUAGAUUGUCCUCCUCUUUAUUGGUUUGCAUGACAUCCUGGUAAUCGGUUGUUUCCGGAAUCUCUGUGGGACAAAUUGACAUUUGCUUUUAUGCAUUUGAUGAGUAUAACUUUGCAGGAUUUGGGGUAUGUCCCUUCCUCCCCCCAAAAAUGUCAUAGCUUUCAUUGAGAGCCAUUGUUGUAGUGUAACAGAACCAUAGUGAAUAAAGGUGCUGGUUAUGAGUAUGA